AUGCUAUCUAAAUAUUGGUUAUUCACACUUUUUGUCGUUGGAGCAUCAGCGUUGGGAUGUAUGCCGCAGAUCUGUUCGAAGAAUGAGGAAAACGUGCUGAGGGGCUGCCCCGAUUCUGAUGGAGGAUGUGGCCAUUAUCGGGGAGAACGUGCUGAUGGAGAAAUCGUGACGGCUGUGGAUAUCCUUUGCGGUGCUGGCGCCAUUGUUCACGCCCCAUUCGACGGAAUGAUGGAGUUCUGGAAACCGUUUGGAACCACCGCUGACAAGGAUUGCGCUAACCAGGGAGUGUUGAUCUACGGCUCCGGCCAAUGGCAAGGUUAUCACGUCCAAAUCGGUAGUAUCGCGCCAGAGAUGUAUGGUGGUAAAGUGAAGAAGGGAGAUCCGAUUGGAAAGGCAAUCGAUAGCUCCUGUUGGAUGCCUUCAGAACAGCGGACGGCGAGCCCUUCCAUUGAAAUGCAGCUGUUCAGAGAGGGAAAACCAGUCGAUCCUACCUUUCAUUUGCAAAAAUGCAUGUGCACCGGGCAAAUUUGCGAGUCAAACAAGAAGAAUGAACUCCUUGGAAACCCAUUCCAUUCGGACAAACGGUUCAACGGUGUUCGCGGCUGGGACUUGGCGUGCGAAAUGCUUGAAGAAGAUGGUGAACAACCAAGAGCUCCUCUGAUCUUCUCUCCGAUCGAGGGAGAGCAAAUCGGCCGCACCCGACUGACGUACGAUGCGCAGGGGGCGUAUUCUGGAUGUGAGAAUGAUGGGGUGUUCAUCGUCGGCAGUGGAGCAUGGAUCGGAUUUGAGGCCCGCAUCUACAACGUGCGCGUCAGGCCAGAUAUGGAAUUCGGACGUCAGCAUAUCGUACAGGGGCAGCCAAUUGCUUCGCGGCUUUCUUGUGAUUCUGCGCCGGAUACGAUUUUCUUGGAGAUGCGCUACGAGGGACGUGUCGUCGAUCUCUCCGACAUCAUCUCGGCCAACAAAUGCCAACUUCCCGAUGACCUGAAGCUCCUC